UACAUAUUCGCCUUGACAAUAGUAAAUGACAACUCUGUUUCAACACACAUAUUGACAAAGUGUAGUUGGAAAAAAUUUGCUGACAAAAAAUUGCACGGUGUUAGAUUUUUAUAAAAUAUAACAAAAUUAUAAAGCAAUAUUUAUAAUUUACUCAUUUAGGAUUCUAACGUAGUUGCUUAAAAACCAAACGAAGAUGCCCAACAUCAAAUUGCAAUCGUCGGACGAUGAGAUUUUCGACACUGACGUACAAAUUGCCAAAUGCUCGGGCACCAUCAAGACCAUGUUGGAUGAUUGUGGCAUGGAAGAUGGUGACAAUGCCGUAGUGCCCUUGCCUAAUGUAAAUUCUGCAAUUUUACGCAAAGUUCUACACUGGGCCAACUAUCACAAAGACGAUCCCCAACCCCCUGAGGAUGAUGAGAACAAAGAAAAACGCACCGAUGAUAUUUCAUCGUGGGAUGCCGAUUUCCUAAAGGUCGAUCAGGGUACGCUAUUCGAAUUGAUUUUAGCAGCCAACUAUUUGGACAUCAAGGGACUGUUGGAUGUUACCUGUAAAACUGUGGCCAAUAUGAUUAAGGGUAAAACUCCAGAAGAGAUUCGCAAGACGUUUAAUAUUAAAAACGAUUUUACUCCGGCUGAAGAAGAACAAGUACGCAAAGAAAAUGAAUGGUGUGAAGAGAAAUAGAUAGAGUAGGAGAAACAUAAGCAGGGGAACUAAAUACAAAUACACGGAAAUUAUAAACUACUAAAAAAAUAUUUAAGCUAAGCUUCUCCUUGUCGUAUACACUUUUUUGUUCUUAAUAUCUGCUCCCACUUGGGGGAGGGGCCGGAAACAGAAGCUUUGUAUUGUGGUCAGUUGCAACAACAACUUUUAAAAUUUAAUUCUGUUUGUAUUUGGAGACUCCUACUCUCGUUUUAAAUAAUAACUAUAUUUAAUUUAUUAAUAACAAAUAUAAAUACGAUACAAUUCAUUAUUUCUUUAAAAUGUAUUCGUUUUUUUUAUUCAACAAUUUUGCUUCAUUAUAUAGAUGUUAAUAAAUUGGAAUUAAAAUGA